AUGGCAACCGCUACGCAAGGCUGGCAUCCGGGCGAGACCAAGCUCCAUAACCUGCUACACUUCCCAUCCUCUAUAGCCACUCGAUACACCGCCAUAGAACCCCAGCUGCGCGAGCAGCACCGCAUCUUCCACACCUCAAGUCUCCCCUUCAUUCCGCUGACGGUCACCGACAAAGACGGCCGACCCUGGGCAGGCAUUGCUGCUGGGAGAUCUGGCGAGAACGGAUUUGUCAGCAGUCCGGAUUUGAAGACGCUGGUGUUUGGAAUCAGGGUCUGGACCGGAGAACCGUUGGCUGGGAUCUUGCAGAGUUGGAAUGGGAAGGAAGACGGGCUGGGAACUUUGACGGCGGGAUUGGGAAUCGAGUUUAGCACGCGAAGAAGGAAUAAGUUUGCUGGGGCUAUCAGGGAUGUUCUUGCCAAGGGGGAGGGAGAGUACAUGGUGAGGGUUGAGGUUACUGAGGCUCUUGGAAACUGCCCCAAAUAUAUCAACACUCGCCAUCUGAUACCCUAUCCGAAAACCAAUCCCGCGAUAGCCCACCAGGCGGCCAAAAUGCCGGGCAGCUCGCGCCUUCCCACCGAUGUAACCAAUAUGAUCAAGUCCGCCGAUACAGUCUUUAUAGCGAGCAUCUACCAAUCCGACCCCGCCACGGCCAGCAGAUUCCCUUCGCACUCCGGCAUGAACGCCCGCAGCGGCCUACCGGGCUUCAUCCGCGUCCGUCCCAGCGAUGGCCGUACAGUGGUGCUGCCGGAUUAUUCAGGGAACAGGUUCCUUUCUUCGUUGGGAAAUAUCGAAGCGUCUGGCUUGGCGGGGUUCACGAUCGUGGACUUUGAAAGCGGUGACAUACUUUACCUCACCGGGACGGCGAAGAAUGUAGUUGGCGAGGAAGCCUGCACGAUUAUAAAGAGGCACAGUGGUUGCAUCACGCUGCUGGAAGUGACGGGAUAUACCCUGGUCCGAGACGCCCUCCCAGUACGACAAGCGCCCGGCUCAAUGGUAGGCAGGAGCCCGUAUAGCCCCAAAGUAAAAUAUUUGGUUGAAGAGGCAGAAGUGCAGGGAUUUGGCGGUACGAGUGAGAAGGCGAGGCUGCAGAGUGCACGACAGCUGUCUUCUGACCUCGCCGUGUUCAGAUUCAAGGUUGUUCCUAGCGAUACUGGGGGUGUACGCUUGAGUAUACGGCCGGGACAAGCUGUUGUGCUUGACUUUAUGGACUGGCUCGGUCCACCGCAGUACCGGCACAUGGCGGACAAUGCACCCGGCUCAAUCAACGAUGACCGGGUCCGGACGUGGACGGUGUCGAGUUCGCAUGAGGGCAGUCAGAUGAGCUGGUUUGAGCUGACAAUGCGCGAGAUAAAGGGGGGUGCGGUUACUGGUGCUCUCUUCGAUGUCCUUCGAAAGCAUCCUCAGGAACCGGGAAGGCUGGUUGAGAUCGAGCAAUCUGUUGCGGCCGAUAUUGUCGGUGUCACUGGUGACUUUGUUCUAAGCGAUAAGGAGAUCAAUGCGCUCUGGGUUGCUGGGGGGAUUGGGAUUACGCCGUAUCUUGCUAUGCUGGAAGCCCUCGGAUCGCACGAAGCGGAAGGCCAGGGCAAGAGUACUGGAGACAUUCUCUUUGUGCUGUCAACUAGGGAGCCAGAUGUCAUGCUUGAAUUACUUCAAAGCCCACUCGAGAAUGUUCCCACGGGAAUGAAGGUCAAGAUCGAUCUGUUCACUCGCAGUACUGUCAAGGCCGACAUUGGAGAAUUUCAGACUGGCAAAAUCCAAGUAUCAAUACACGAAGGCCGGAUAGGUCCACAGUACUGGAAAACAGUUCCCACUGGAAAAGACGUCUUUAUCUGUGGCCCAAACGACUUUGGAGACGUGGCUGUCGAGGGCUUACGGGCCGUUGGGGUGCCAAAUGAGAGGAUCCAUAGAGAGGGGUUCUAUUAA